AUGUCAUUAAUAAAGUUAAAUAAUGGGAGUGUGAUUCCUUCUAUUGGUUUAGGAACUUAUAACAUCUCUAGUAACGUGGAGAAUUUGGUUUAUCAAGCUUUGAAAAAAGGUUAUAGACAUGUAGAUACUGCCGUUUUGUAUGGUAAUGAAUAUGAAGUAGGUCAAGGAAUCGAUCAAUGGGUUCAAGAAGGUAAUUCCAGAGAUGAGGUAUUUUAUACUACAAAAUUGUGGUCAGCCCAAUCUCGUGGGUCAAGAGAUCAUUAUACUACUACCAAAAAAGAAAUCGAAGAUUGCCUCAAAUCGGUAAAACCUUUGAAGUAUAUUGAUUUAUUGUUGAUCCAUUCACCUUUAUGUGGACCCGAAAGAAGAAAAUUGGCAUGGAAAGCAAUGGAAGAAGCUGUUGAAGAAGGGAAAGUUAAGAAUAUCGGAGUUUCUAAUUAUGGUGAAAAACAUUUGAAAGAAUUGUUUGAAUAUGCUAAGAUUAAACCUGUGGUUAACCAAAUCGAAAUAUCUCCUUGGUUAAUGAGAGAAGAUUUAGUCAAGUUUUGUCUCGAUAAUGAUAUUGCUGUUGAAGCAUACGCUCCUUUAACUCAUGGAUACAAAUUAUCUAAUCCUCCAUCCGAAGUCAAAGUUUUGAUGGAUAAAUAUCAAAAAGAUGCAGCUCAAAUCUUGAUUAAGUGGUCUUUACAAAAGGGCUUGAUUCCAUUACCAAAGACCAGUACAAUCGGUAGAUUAUCAGGUAACUUAAAUGUUGACUUCACUUUGACCGAUGAAGAAAUGAAAUCUUUAGAUCACCCAGAUGCCUACGAACCAACUGAUUGGGAAUGUACUGAUUGUCCUUAA